AACAAACAAAAACCUUCACAUCUGAUUCUACAGCCACUCUGUUCAUUAUGAACGUGUUAAAAACACUCAAACAAUCUGCAGAUUCGUCGCGCUGUCUGUCAGGAGAGAUCAUGACAGACAGACGAAUGACUCCCCUCUGCAAAGCGACAUCGAGGAAUUUAGAGAGAAAAUAAAAUAAAUUCCGAUGUUUAGUGAAAACCUCAAUUGCAUCUUUGUGUGUCGUGAGCUGAGACACGAAAGGGGAAUUUUCAUCGUUUUCACGCGCGGCUUUGAGAGGAUUUUGUGUCACUCGGGCGUUGAUCUUGUUGAGCUCCACUUUCAUUAACCCCAACAGGUCAAGGUUGCUCGUUAGCUUUAGCUUUUAUGAAUGAGCAGUAAUGAUCAGUGUUUGUGUGGGUUAUUGCUCGUCCUUUUGCAGUGGCAGGAUUUGGGUUGUUUGGUUUAUGAGAGUUCAGACCUCACAUGUAUCGAGUGCCAUUGCUUCCAGAAUCUAUUGCGAUGUGUUUUGACAAGAAUACAAUUGAGAUGUGAAUUUCGUUGCAAGUAGGAGUAGAAUUUCAAGAGUGCAUGUAAAUGUAGUGAAUCUCAUGAAUAUGAGUGUGAGCCUCUUCAGCAUCUGUCACGAUUCUGCAGCAGGACCAUCACAUCAUUUUACAUAUUCAACAUCCACUCUUCUCACACACACACACACACACACACACACACACACACUGUGAGGGGAAACUGUGAAGAACAACGAGUGAAUAAUUAAUGUUAUUGUCAAUGUCACAGAUAGUCCUAAUGAGUGAUUUAGAUAAUCUCUCGUUGAGUCAUUAUUGCUUGUAUUGUUCUUCAUUUAAACGCAAUAAAUGUAAUAAUUAAAAAGAGAGAUGAUCUAAAUCACUCUAUUGUGUUGCUCUGGUGGGAUUAAAUGUUUAUUUCUGUAAACUUUGUCAUUGGUUUUUAUCAUCAGAUAAUAUAGACUCAGAAUCAUUGAGUCGGUUCUGUGAUUGCAGUCAUAUUAAAUCCCGUUCGGAUCUUUUGUGUGUGAUAUCGUCUUGGCUUUACUUUCAUUUGUAUUUCUUUCAGCUCUUUAUUGCGCGACUCGUUUAUCAGCGGCGCGAUCUGACGCUGAAGUGCAGGUCAGCGGAGAGAGACGCGUCGCGUUAUUGAGUUCAGACGCUUUUCAUAAGAGUCUGUUUGAGCCCGAUUGUGUCGCUUCUGAUUCUUAUCGUCUCGCUGAAACGCUUUGUGUGUAUUUACACUGAAAUUAAACAUUCUUCAUCUCAAACUAAUAUCCUCCAAUAUCCGUCUCUUUAUGGCCGAGCAGCAGCGCGUGCGUGUCUGUAACUGUGCGCGUGCGUGUGUGAAUAUGAGCAGAAUCGACAUGAUCUGUAUAAUGUUUAUGUGUGUUUUACAUUGUUGCUAAUACACAGCAUCAUUUCCUCCUGUUGUCAUGGAGAAACACGAACAUGUAUGAUAGUCUACGAUCACUGUAGUAAAGCGAGUUAAAGAGUGAUGAUGUGAAGUUUCAGUAAAAACAUCUUUUUAUUGUUAUUAAAAUGUAAAGACGCAUUUUUGAACAUUUCUGUCGUGUAAAUGUUACAAUUAUUUGUACGGUUUAUUAAAAGAUUCUUUGUGUUACUCAAUUAAAAUGACUUUUUCAUCUGACACACUGUGUGGAGAUCUGACCGGACCGAUCACUUCUGGGUGCUUGCUGGGAAGAAAAUCAUUUCUUGUAUAAAUAUGAUUUGUGUCAAAUACUUUUGAAAAACAAGAGAUCAGAGACGCUUCACAAACAGUUUGUUGAUGAGUGAGACAGAAGGAGCAGAAGUGUGAUUGUGAAACUCUUUCUGGAUUGAGUUUCAGUGCUUUCCAUGUUCAGUUUGUGCGGCAGUCUCAGAGUCUCACAGUCUCUAUCUAACGGUUCAGAUAUGUUUCAGAUGAUACAGCUGCUCUUCUCCUCUGGACUCCACAGUCACAGUAAAACCAGCAAAUCUCCUCAGACCAGACCAGACUGGACUCACAGUUCACAGGACUUUCUCAGACAAGUGCGACACUUGAGCGGUCUGAAGAAACAGGAAGUGUUUUAUAACCUGCGUGUCCCGGUCCAGUGUGAGGCGGUUGGAGACGAGAUCAAUCUGGUGUUGAUCACAGGUCACGGUGUGUUCUGUAUGGAUGUGAAGACGUGGAGCGGUUGUGUUUCGGCUCAGAGUGACAUUCACUGGCUGGUUCAGGUGAAAUCUAAAGCUCAGAUCUCAGUGGAGCAGGUGCCUGACGCUCUUCACAUCAUCACCGCGAAGGCUCGUAACCUCCACUGUCACAUGAAGCGCUGCGGGCUGAACAUUCGGACGGAUCUGUUUUUUCCCAGAAUCCUCUUCUUGUCUCCAGACUGUGUGCUGAGUGAAGAGUUGAGGAUGAAGAAGGAGCUCGUGAGUUACGCUGAUGUCCAAGAGUUCUUCUGCUCGCUCCGCGAAACAUUCACCGCCUGGCUGCCGGAUGUCUUCACACCGUCCUGGAUCUCAGGUCAUUUGUCGUUCAGACAGAUGAGAGUGGCCCGUGAGUGUCUGGGUGUCAUGAGGACGUGGGAUCUGCUCCAGCUGCUCAGCGGUCAGGAACUGAAGGGAGAUUAUCAGAGCUGUACACACCUCGCUGUACAACGGCACGAGACUGAAGUACUGCACUUCAGCAGAGACACAACCCUACUCACACACACACUCUACAACCUGCUCGGACUCACAACACAGGUGACCGUCCGGAUGUAUAAGCGUGGAGCUGAAGGAUGGCUGGGUAAACAUCUGGUCGCCACGGCAACCAUCCCUUCAACCACACAGGUGAUUUUCAGGAUCAGCGGAGAAGAAUCAGACAGUCAGUUUCCAGUGAACAGCAUCGACUGUGUGACACUCAGUAUCUGACUGAUGAUGAUGGAUUGAGCUUUACUUCCUACUGAUGUGAUCAAGAUAUACAAGCAUGCGUAUAUAUACUGGUUAUCGUUUAUUUAAAUAUACAAGAAAACAUCGAUUACAUGAUGUGUGAAGGUGAAGUGUGUUACUUUUGAUCCAGAUGACAUCAAGAAAUUUCAUAAAAUUAUAUUUUAAAAUAAAUGUAAAAACAUGAAAAUUAUGCAUUUAUUUGUUCAUUUUCCAUCUUAUUUGUCUCUAAAAUUACUCGUUCAUUUGAAUGUAAAAUAACAUAUUUUUGUAAUUUUCACUUGAAAAAAAUAUUUUCAUAAAAGUCUUCACACAAGUAUUAAGUCUUUGUUUUAAGAAACCAUCAAACACCACAAGGCUGGAGAUAGGAUGAACUUUAAUAAUAACGUUUUCACAAGUUGAAUUUGUAGAAAUAAAAAAACUGUAGAAAAAGUUGCAAAAAUAUCCAAAUCUGACCUUUCUAUAUGAAAAGACAUUUAAUUUAUUUGAGAAAUAACUAUCACAUGUCAGGCAGAAGAGCUGAGGGUGUGUUUGACACUGAAAACUUAACUGUCAUGAUGUUUCGUCUGAAAGCAUCAACAAUGUUAAUCUGAUAUAGAAGUGUAUGUUUGUCUGUUUUGUACAGUGAAUUAAAUUAAAACAAAUUUGCUGUUAUAGGGUCAUUAAAUCUUGUGUGUGUGUGAGUGGCUGAAAUUAUUUGACAUUAUUAGUAAAAAUGCUUCAUGCUUAAUUCAGUUCUUUGUGUAUGUGUGUAUUGGCUCAUCACUUCUUUGUGUAUGAAUGAUCUGCAUUGUUGAAUUUAUUGAGGUCUUUGAUAAAUAAAAUGUGUUAAUUUCCCAA